CCAAAAUUCCUGCAUAAUCUUAAUGACAAAGAAGGGAGGUCAGAGGUCUUCAUAUACGGAUAUAAAACUUAUUAUUGAUGUUCAAAGAAACAAUCCAUUUGUAUUACAUAUUUAAAUUCUUGACUCAGUAUUUAAAUGGCAAGGGUAUACUUGCUAGGUAAAAAUCAGCAGUGAAUACAUCUCAUGUAGUUUUUAUCUAUUCUAUUAUCAUGAGUUCGGGUCUCAUUCAAAAAAAAAGAAAGACACACAUCAACAUGUCUCGGCCGGAGCUCCAAAACCCGCCGGAGAUUUUCUACAAUGACGAGGAAGCUCGCAAGUACACUCGCAACUCCCGCAUCAUGGAGAUUCAGUCCGAGCUCUCCGACCGGGCCCUCGAGCUUCUCGCUCUGCCGCAAGAUGACGUCCCCAGGUUGCUGCUCGACAUAGGUUGCGGCUCUGGGCUUAGCGGAGAGACCUUGUCUGAUAAUGGGCAUCACUGGAUUGGUUUAGAUAUUUCUCAUUCCAUGCUUGAUGUUGCACUGGAAAAUGAGGUUAAGGGUGACCUUUUGCUUGCAGACAUGGGCCAGGGGUUAGGACUUCGUUCAGGAGUUAUUGACGGUGCCAUAAGUAUCUCAGCUGUUCAGUGGUUGUGCAAUGCUGACAAGUCCUCUCAUAAUCCACGAUUAAGAUUGAAGGCUUUCUUUGGGUCACUGUAUAGAUGUUUAGCUAGGGGAGCAAAAGCUGCAUUUCAAAUGUAUCCAGAAAAUAUAGACCAGCGGGAAUUGAUUGUGAGUUCUGCAAUGCGUGCUGGAUUUUCUGGUGGUAUCGUUGUUGAUUAUCCAAACAGUUCCAAGAAAAGAAAAGAAUACCUAGUCCUCACAUGUGGUCCGCCAUCUGUCAACACAUCGGUUCCCGAGGGUAAAAGUGAGGAUGGAGAUAGUUCCUCUGAUGAAGAUAGUAGUGAAGAUGAAGAAAAUCAGACAGUAUCCAUUUCAGACAGGCACAGGCCAAGGAAAAAGCAGAGAACAACAAAGAAAGGUAAGGGGAGAGAUUGGAUACUGAAGAAGAAGGAACAGAGUAGAAGAAAAGGGAAUGUUGUUCCUCCAGAUACAAGGUACACUGGUCGGAAACGAAAGGCUCGCUUUUGAUCUUGCACCAGACCUCGAUGGCAUAAGUUGGAAGUCACAGGUUUAGCGGUCUUCACUAUUAAUGUAUUGGUUUCUAAUACUAAACCAAUACUUACAGUUUAAAGUUUAUAUAAGCAGUCAUGUUGGGAGAGCUUCCAGAAGUUGUCAUGUUGUAUUUUGGUGGUUGCGUUGGUAACCUUGACUAGUUUGAGAGAAAAAUUAGAGUAGUGUUGUGUUCUGUUCUGAGGUAUGCUCAGUUAAAAGCAUCCCUCUGUGCAUCAGUUCAUGUUCGUACUUGAGCAAUACAUUACAUUUUUAAUCUAUACCAGAGAAUGGAAAAAGGAUUGGAGGAGAAUAAUGAGACAUUUCUGAAAAGAAUGUGCUACAAUUUUCAACAUUGAUGUGGCUAAUCCCUUCCACCCAUUUUGAAGUAUAACGGCUUCCAUGAAAGCAACGAGGCUUUCUGAGGGAUCUUGCUCCCAUAAAUCUGCAAGAGAUUUUGGAUUUAGAUCGAAGCAAUGAUGCACAAU